CAAUGAAAUUUGCAUAAAUCCAGCAGAGCCUUAGUAAUUAAGGUGUGGUGGGGUUGAUGCAUGGCGGGAGCCAAGGUCGGGGGAAUUGGGUCUCAGGAGGACCCCACUUGGCGAUAAAUAUGAGCUGGAAAUAUUUAGAUGAUUGCUUUGAAUUUCGAUUAAGGCGACCUCAUAGUAAAUCAUCUCAUCCAACAUACUAAAGUUUCUCAUAUAUAUAUAUCUUCACCUUGACUCCGAUGUAUCUCAGUCAUUCAUGACUCCACUCAAGUUCAAGUCCGACUACGCCUCGUCGAAGUCGUUUUUCCUUCCUCAGCUGGCUUUCGUAUCUCCGUAUCGCCGGCCACUAUGUAUUCACUCUUGAUUGUAUUUAAUUAAUAAAUUGGUCAUGUAUAAAAAAAUAUUUUUCGAAGAAUUCAAGUACAUAAUUUCAGAGCGCCGAAAACCUUAUACCAUGUCGAAAUAUUAUUCCUCGAUAUUGUAGAAUGCGCCAUAUUAUAUUAUAUAAAAAAUGAAUAUAAAUUACUCAAAUAAGAAGAAAAAGAUGGAUGGGAAAUCAAUCAAUUAUGAAAGAAAACGAACCACAACAACUCCGGUUGACUUAAACAAACCGAGCUUAAUUAGAGGACACCUAAUACUUUCAACGGGAUAUGUUCCCACCACAAAUGCUAGCUAGCUAGCUAUUUGGUGGAUGUGUAUAUUUAGGGAACCAAAGAUCACCUUUUCGAAAGAAAAAAAAAAAACACAAAUAUUAGGUGAAUAAUGUAAACGGAGACCCACCACUAAUUACCACACAAACUGGGCAAAACCACCAAAACCACACAUUAGUAGAUAAUCAUACCGACACCUUUGCACCCAUUACCAAAAAAAAAAUGGCGGUGAGAUAGACGCACAAAGCAUCCACACCACACCAACCAUGUCUAUAAAUACAAGCAUCCAUGGCCAACAUUGGAGAGUAUUAACACAAAUUACCAACCUCCAAAAUCCACAUUCUUCCUCACUCUACACAUAACAACUUUCCUUCCUUAUAGCAUCACGAAAGAGAAAGAUAUGAAGGUGAAAGUAGAGUCCACCACCACUCUCAAACCAACUUACGAACCCACCACCACCACACGUUCUCCUCCAACCUCAACCCACGUCCCUCUCACCGUCUUCGACAAGGUCACCUACGCCGCCCACAUCGCCGUCAUCUACGCCUACCGUCCACCCACGCCGUCAAACUCCAAGAUCAAGCUCGGCCUCCGGAGGGCUCUAUCCGAGUACCGCGAAUGGGCCGGACGGCUAGGCCACGACGAGGACGGAAACCCCGUCAUCCUCCUCAACGAUGACGGCGUCAAGCUCGUCGAAGCCAGCACCGACACCCGUCUCGAUGAGGUCAUGCCCUUGAAGCCAUCUCCUCUCGUUCUCAGCCUCCACCCUGCCUUAAACGACGUCGUGGAGCUCGUUCAGGUCCAGCUCACGAGGUUCAGCUGCGGCUCCCUCGUUGUCGGAUUCACCGCUCAUCAUCUUGUCGCGGACGGUCAUUCCACCAGCAACUUCCUCGUUGCAUGGGGAAGAGCGUCUCGUGGGCUCGAUUUGGGCCCGUUGCCGUACCACGACCGUACCAUCUUCAACCCUAGAGAGCCUCCCAUUUUCGAGUACGACCACAGAGGAGUGGAGUAUUACGGUCAUCAUGAUCGUUCUUGUUACUGCAACGAGAACGAUCGUGAUUCUCUCGUGGACGAUAUCGUCAUCCACAAGGUUCAUUUCACGAUGGAUUUUUUAUCCAAGCUGAAAACGAGGUGCGCGACCAGCAGCAACAACAAGGCGUACAGCACGUUCGUGUCGCUGGUGGCGCACCUCUGGAGGGCGGUGACCAAGGCUCGGGGCCUGGGCGGGUUCGAGACGACCCGGAUCCGGAUCUCGGUCGACGGUCGGGCCAGGAUGGUCAACCCGCGCGUCCCCAACGAGUACUUCGGCAACUUGGUGUUGUGGGCGUUUCCCACGUCGCGGGUGAAGGAUUUGCUGAGGGAGCCGCUGCCCUACGCGGCGAAGCUGAUACACGACGCCGUGGCCGGGGUCAACGACGGGUACUUCAAGUCGUUCGUUGACUUCGCGAGUCAUAGGGUUGACGAGGAAGGGUUGACCCCCACGGCGGAGAUGAACAAGGCAGUGCUGUCCCCAGAUUUGGAGGUGGACAGCUGGCUGAGGUUCCCGUUUUAUGACCUGGAUUUCGGCGGCGGGUGUCCUUACGUGUUCAUGCCGUCAUUUUUCCCGACGGAAGGGAUGAUGUUCCUGCUGCCGUCGUUCAUCGGCGACGGGAGCGUUGACGCGUUCGUGCCGCUUUUCAGGGAUAGUUUGGACACGUUUAAGGAGGUCUGCUACGUGCUGGAAUAGAGGUCAAUUGGUAUUGUAUUACCGCGGGGAACGUCGACGUGGUUUAUUCCGCGCCAUGCAUAUAUAUUGUGGGAACGGCUACUGUGCUAAUUGUACAAUAGUUAGCACCGUCCUAAACAAGGGAAAAACUACUACUAGUUUGAAUUAGUAGUGAUUUAGCUUAGAUGUUGUAUUGAUUUUAUAAUAAUCCGUAGUGAUUUUU